GAUCAGUUAAUCUUUUAGCUAUAGACUAUAGCUAAAGUUAGUGAUGAUAAAUAGUUACAGUGUACCACAGAAAGAACUACGUCUGUCUUCUGGAAUAUAUACAUGAGUGUUUACAUUAUUUUGUACAGUUUAUAAAUUAACCAUAAAUAUUUUAUUAAUAUAUUUUGUGUUCUUAGAAAUUUGUGCAGUUUAAAUGUGCAUCAUAAUAUUAUAAUAUUAAAUUCGUUAUUCGAGCGGUGCUUGAUAAAUAGUUGUACAAUAUCAGUUGUACAAAUACCUAUAUACUAUUUUGACAACAGUGUAACAAAAGCAUUCAUGAUGUGGGCGUUGAAUGAUGUGAACAUUGCAAAUACGUAUGAAUCGAAUGAAUUUUGUAUGCCAGAUGAUUACACCCUAUCGUCACAGUGGGACUACGACGGUGGCUACUCGACCAACUACAGCGAAAAUGAAAUUGAUCUCGCCACCGUGUUGAUGAACUUGAAGGAAGACUACCCCUCGCCGGACAGAAGUUGCAACGACCCCUACGAACCGUCGUACUAUGAUCCGACGACGACGAGCGGUGAUCAGCAGCAUUAUCACCAUCAGCUGUUGCAGUGGCAUUGCCCGUCCGACGAACAGCCGCAGCACGUGCUCGUGUACGACUCACUGGACGGCGAUCACGCCCGCCCCACCCCCGAGAACUGUCUACUACCCACCAUAUUGGACGCAGACGACGAAUUUUUCAAAACGGGCAACGCUUCUUCGAUGGGGAAAAAGCGGGCGGGCCGGCCGCGCGGCACGAAGGUGAAACGGUCGAAAGCCGAGCCCAAACUGAGCAGGAUAUGGGAGUUCAUCAGGGACCUGCUGCUGAACUCGCAAUACUGUCCGACGUACAUAUGCUGGGAGAACUACGAGGAGGGCCGGUUCAGGUUCGUGCAGAGCGACAAGGUGGCGAAGCUGUGGGGCAAGUUCAAGCGCAACGAGAGGAUGAACUACGAGAAGUUCAGCCGGGCCAUGCGGUACUACUACAAGACCGGCGUCCUGUUGCCGGUGCAGGGCAAACGGCUCGUUUACAAGUUCGGGCCAAAGGCCACGGGUUGGCACACGGACAAUCCUAAUUUCAAAAAGUAUACAUUUUAGACGUCGCCGGACCGGUCAAUCGUCGUACACGUUCAUACCUCUCGCUAUAUAUCAUUAUAGUUAUUAUUGCAUCGUAUAAGCCUCCAUAGUUACACAUCAUAUCAUAAUACACCUAAGAGUUCUAUUGUUGUGUUAUUACUUAAAAGGACAUACGACGUCGGGCUUUUGUGUAUCAUUAGUGUAAUGGCUUUAUAGUCACACGGUAUACUGCACCGUAUCCAUUGUGUGCGACGUAAGUGCCUACAGUGUAGGCUGACGAACAUCACAUUUCGCGCAACGACUUGUCGAUUGUCACGGAAAGCGCAAAACACCUAGAACAUUUAAAUGAAUAUGAUUAUUUGCAGGCAUUUAUCUACUUAAUAAUGAUAUUUUAUGAUAUAUCGAUUUUUUUUUUUUUAAUUGUUUAUACUUUACCAUACCAAGUUAUUGUUUAAAUGUUAUAUUAUAUUAUUUGUCCUAUAAUCUACACAUAAUUAUACUCUAUUUAAGAAUAAUACGUUUUUACAACGCUUAAUUUAAAUAAUUUUAAGAAUAUCAGUGAUUUUGUCUUAAUUAUUUGUGGUUGUAACUUUAAUGAUGUAAAAAUGAACAAAGGCUGACACAAUUUAAAUUAUAACAAAUUAUAAAAUUAUUAAUUAUACAUAAUAUUCACAGUAAAAUAAAACAUUAAUCAAUUGUAUUGGAAUCAUUAUUUUCAAUAGCUCAUAAUUUGACUUUCAUAUUCAAAAUUCUUGUAGUGUUUCGAUCUCAUUUAUAUUAAAUAUUAAUGUUUUAAAUAUAUAAUUUAAAAUUAUCAAAAUA